AUGGGGUCCAUCGUGCUACCUCACCUACACAGCGGAUGGCAUGUCGACCAAGCCAUUCUAUCGGAAGAAGAGCGGCUGGUGGUGAUACGGUUCGGGCGCGACGGCAACCCGGACUGCCUGCGGCAGGACGACGUGCUGGCGCGCAUCGCGAACCAGGUCAAGUCGUUCGCGGUGAUCUACCUGUGCGACAACCAGGAGGUGCCCGACUUCAACACCAUGUACGAGCUCUUCGACAACAUGACCAUCAUGUUCUUCUUCCGCAACAAGCACAUGAUGUGCGACUUUGGCACCGGAAACAACAACAAGCUCAACUGGGUCCUCGAGGAUAAGCAGGAGCUCAUCGAUAUCAUCGAGACGAUAUAUCGCGGCGCAAAGAAGGGCCGUGGUCUCGUCGUCAGCCCGAAGGAUUAUUCGACCCGGCACCGGUAUUAG